CUGAACGGUAAAGAUGGCGAUUAUGAAUUGUUAGGAGAGACGAUGCGUAAAGGAACUGUCACACGUGAAGCGAUGAAUUAAGGAGAGGAAUACGUCUAAUUAACAUUACCGAAUAUUCCUUGACUCGGUGACACUGGAAAACAGUCACUGACACAACAAAACAGGAGAUAAAAUGCCGUCCCCGAAAGCAAAAAACAACGGCGGUCGCAGUGGCAGCGUUCCUGGUAUGAGUAACAAUGGGCGUUAUGAGUUUAUGUCCCUGAACCGGAGUCCGCCGCCCCACCUGCUGCAACGACAGGGCUCAGACCCUACAUCUGCCCGACUUCGUGCUUCAGAGAGCCCGACUCGCCGCCGUGGCUCCGGCUCUUCCAAUGCAUCUUCGUCUUCUGCCACCGGCACUCAGCAACUGCCAGAGGAAGACUGCAUGCGGCUUAAUCCGUCGUUUGUCGGCAUCGCGCUGAGUUCCCUGCUCGCUAUUGACUUGUGGCUGUCUAAACGGCUGGGGGUGUGCGCCUGUGAAGACUCAUCAUGGGGCAGCAUACGGCCCCUGAUGAAGCUUAUCGAGAUAUCUGGUCAUGGGAUACCGUGGUUGGCCGGCGUCUUGUACUGCUUGUACAAAAGCGAUAGCGCUGCGGGGCAAGAGGUCAUGCUCAAUCUCCUGAUGGCCCUCAUCCUGGACCUGGUGCUGGUUGCCGUGGUGAAGGCUGUGGUGCGCCGCCGGCGUCCCUCCCACAAUCGCAUGGACAUGUUCGCCACAUUCUCCGUGGACCGCUACUCCUUCCCCUCGGGCCACGCCACCCGGGCCGCCCUGUGCGCCCGCUUCCUGCUGGCCCACCUGGUGCUGGCCGCCCCGCUGCGCGUGCUGGUGCUGCUGUGGGCCGCCCUGGUGGGCCUCUCUCGCGUGCUGCUGGGCCGGCACAACGUCACUGACGUGGCGUUUGGCUUUGGCAUGGGCUACUGCCAGUACAACCUGGUGGAGAUGCUGUGGGUGUCGCCAGUUGGGCUGCAGCUGAUGAUGGGGCAGCUGGGCUAAGAGGUCGAGAGCCCCAUGGGAAGGAAAGGGUUGUAGGGGGUGCCAGUCCCCUGCCUGCAACAAGCCAGUACCAUCACUGUGCAUAUUCACCAUUACCUGUAAAAUGGAAAAAAAAACCCCACAUCCGAUGAAAAUGAACAUUGCAUCAUCAUAUGCGGCAAAAAUAUAUAUGCUAUACAUUUAACUGCACUUUGAAUUGGUGUUUAACAUAUUUUUGUGGGUCUGUUUGUGCAUGGGUGGGGUGAUUUUCAGUGUAACUCCGAAGCCUUGGGGUGUACAUUCCCUUGAGUAUGUGCGCUGAGGGAAUACUGGUAGAUUUUUUUUUCCUUCUUUUGCAGGGUGGUAAAGUAAGCUGUUGCAUAAAUGCAGUAUGUUUUUUACUGUAGCAUUCAUAUUUUCAAUAGAAAUGUAUUUUGGAAAUGCAGUGUGCAGGGUUUCUUGCCAUGUGUACCGUGAGGUGAUUAGGGGUCCUGCUGAAAAGUGUGCAACUUUAUAGAUUUUUCUUUCUUUUUUCAAACAAUCAUUGUUAUAUUGUGGCUUUUGUUAGUGGCUAUUUUAUAUGGUGUAACUAAUCUGAAGAUUUAAUUUUAUUUUCCAACUGAUGGAACUGAAUGUUUUUUUUUACCAUUGCACCUGCACUGUGAAGUAUUGUACUUAUUUCAUGACUGUUAUAUGAUUUUAAAAGUCUCACCAUGCUGGAAAAAGUAGAAGAAAAAAAUCACUCAUGAAAAAUUUCAAAUAUUAAUUUUUAGGUUUUGAUUUAAACCUCAGCACUCAAGUGUCCUCCAAAUCAUGCAUUGCAAUACUGUAUGAUUUGGUAGCAAAAACAUCCCAUCUCCAAUCUCUUAUUUAGAAUAUUUAAUAUUUCACAGAAUUUUUAUGUAACCCAUUUUUGUCAAA